AUGGGCAGCGAUGCGGGAUCUUCAGUCCCGUAUAAUGGUGGCUCUCUGAUCGGAGUCUCAAUUGCCAUCGGAUUUCUUCAGAUAUUGCUUGUGGCAGCCCGAUUCUAUACGCGAUAUCUCCGGAGAUUGUCUUGUGGCCUCGAUGAUUAUUUGAUAAUACCUGCGUUGCUUGCCGCAGCCAGCUUUGUAUAUCGUCCGUAUGUAUCACUUGUAUGCAUCGCCCAAAAAGGCAGAGACUGGCAGUCUUGUAAAGUGGACAAGAUUGCAGGAUUCGGCAACCAUUUGGAAUAUGUCGAGCAGACACCUUGGAAACUGGGAUUGUAUGCAAAUCAAAUACUGGACUUUCUCUUCGCCGUGACGCCCGCCAAAAUAUCCAUCCUUUUAUUCUAUGUCCGAAUCUUCAGCGUUCGAAAGUUUCAAAUAUUCGCAUACGCGACCAUCCCGGGUGACCCCUGCUUCGUACAAGAAGAUUUCUACCGACAUGUGUCACUGCCCAAUAUCGUGACGGAUUUACUCAUGCUCAUCAUGCCGCUGCCAUUCGUAUGGAACCUGCGCACACAUUUGUGGCAGAAGAUGGCAUUGACCGGUGUGUUCUUGCUGGGAAGUCGUGACAUUCUGCGCAUGACGACUUUUUUCAAGAACAGCGCCAUAACAGACCCGACAUGGAACUCGGCGGAGCUAGGAAUCUGGACAAUUCUCGAAUGUGGAAUCAUCAUCAUUGCCGCUUGCCUCCCACCAAUCUGGCCACUGAUUGCCCGAAUUGUACCUCGCUCACCACUCACCAGUUCGUCUUCUAAGAGCCAGCCACGUCACCGGUACUCAAACAGUCAACCAAAGGUUAAGAGUGUGGAUGGAUUUGCGCGUCUAGGUGAUAGCGUGGAGACAGAUAUUGAAAGCCGUCGAAAGCCGUCGCAGCAUGGCCUGGAGAGUCCUGAAUCUCCACUGGAAAGCACUGAGACCAUACAAAUGAAGAAUAUGGGCGAGAUUGGACAGGCAUAUUAA